AUGUCCACUACUCCAGCAGAGAACAACCCCUGCUGCACGAAGUGCUCCACACCCCGAACCUACUCACAGUUCAUCGCAAACCACACAUCGACCAAGCAACUAAACCUAUUCUCAGAACAAGACACAUGCGCCAUCUGCCAGCUCCCCUACGGCAGCUCGAACCUCGCCCUCCAAAUGCUCGACAAGCCACUCGCCAUCACCAACCUCCCCGGCUGCAACCACAUCCUCGGCUCAGCCUGUAUCCACCAAAUGAGCCUCGACACUUCAUCCGGCUCUUCGCGGCGAUGCCCACUCUGCCGAACAGAAUGGUGGCAACAACCGGAAUACUAUACCGACAACGUCAGCGAGAGUGACAAGUACGAUAUCUCAGAAGCCAUAGCUAGGUGUUGGCAAACCGACUAUAGUACAGCGAGGUAUCAUAUAUAUGGGGAGCCGGAGUACGCUGCUGUGUAUCCGCCACGCGGACUGGAUGAGCUGCAGCAGAAACUUGAUUUUAAGAAUAGGAUUGGGGAUGCGGUUACGACAGAUGUGAUUGAGAAGAGGAUUCAGGAUCUGAGGAAAGAGUCUGUUGUUGGGUUGGGUGAGCUAUCUUAUGAUCCGUAUAAGGUUCUGAGGGGUAACACGAUGGUGGACCCGUUUGCGUUUAAUAACUACCACCUUCGAGUACCGGAUUUGGGAUUCGCUAUCUUUAGGACGCUGGUUUCGUCGCGGGGGUUUCGGUUUCUGGAGAUGUAUCGUGACGCAACGCGCGGAAAGCAUAAGGAUGGGGAUGUGGCAUGUUUGGUGGCUGUUGAAGAGGAGUGGAUGGAGAUGUUUCCGAAGGAUGAAAGACAAUGGGUUAGAUUGAUACUUAAUGUGCUGUGGAUAGCAGAUCUGGAUGAUUCAGAGGAUGCAGAGGGUCCAGAGGAUCCAGAAGGCCCAGAGGGCCCAGAGGAUGAGGUUCCAAAGACCAAGCGCAGGUGGAGGGUGCUGUUGCGCAGGAGAAAGGUCCGUUAG